UUAAACAGACCAUAUUCUCCAAGGUGCCACUUCUCUUUCUCGGCAGCAGCAGCAGGCAGUUUAGUUCAUACACCUUCCCCUACCUCCCCACCACCGGCUGAGCCAGGAUGACCAGCCGCUCAAACGAAUUCAGCAGCCUCAGCAGCAGCUCUCUCUCAUCUUGGCAGGCGUCAUGGAAUCAGAACAGGGGGAGCUCGGUGGUGACAUCCUCUGAAUACGACGGCUGCAGCAGCCCUGGUGGUCCAGCCAGCAGAAGCUUCAGCACCUCGAGUCUUGGUGGAUACACGUCUUCCCCUUGCCCAUCCGUCUUCAUCAACGAGAAGCUGUUGACGCCACUGAGCCUAGACGUGGACCCCAUGUUCCAGGAGAGGAAGAAGCAGGAGAAAGAAGAGAUGAAAAUUCUCAACAACCAAUUUGCAUCCUUAAUCGGGAAGGUCCAAUGCCUGGAGCAGCAGAACAAGAUUCUCACGAUCAGGUGGAGCUUCCUGAGAGAUCAGGACAAUUCCCGUUCCGAGUCAGACAUCAAACUCCUCUAUGACCAGUACAUGAGCAAACUGAAGCAAGAGAUGAGGACUAUCGGCCACGUGAGAGAACAGCUGGAGUCUGAGUUGACUGAGGUGUUGAAGUCCAUGGAUAACAUCCGAAGCAGAUACGAGGAUGAAACACAUAAACGGAGUGCCAUGGAAUUCACCUUCAUGGAGCUGAAAAGGGAUUUAGAUGCUGGUUCCAUGCAUAGAACUGAGCUAGAGGUAAAACUGCACGGGCUUCAAGAGUUGAUGGAGUUAAAGAAAGCUGUAUACGAGCAGGAGCUUCAGGAGCUGCUGGCCGAAAUCAAGGACAUCUCCGUCAUCAUGGAGAUCGAUAACAGAUGCAACCUUGACCUGAGCCGCAUCGUGGAGGAAGUGAGGGCGCAGUAUGAAGCCCUCGCUUUCAGGAGCUGGGAGGAGGCAGAAGCCUUUACCUGGAGCAAGCUAAACGAAGGAACCACCCACUCCGCCACAUACAGAGAUCAGCUCUUCAGCGGCCGGCGGGAGAUCGCGGAGCUGACCAUACACAUUCAGAAGCUGAGGACCUGCAUUGUGUCCCUGAAGAGCCAGUGCCUGCGUUUGGAAGAGGACAUCAAAGAGGCCGGGGGAAACGGCCAGCUUGCCCUCCGGGAUGCUGAAGCCAAGCUGGCCGAGCUAGAGGAAGCCCUGCAGAAAGGCAAGGCGGACAUGGCUGGCUUGGUGAAGGAGUAUCACGAGCAGAUGAACAUCAAGCUGGCCCUGGACGUGGAGAUCCUCACAUACAGGAAGCUGGUGGAAGGCGAGGAGAGCAGCAUGGAGUCCCCGACAUGCCCUGUCGUCAGCAGCAUCCGCUCCAGCCCUAGGCAUUUUUCAUCCAUCUCCAGCUUCUUGGGGUCUUCCCAGCUGGCUUCUCGAGCGAGGGGCAAUUCUACCGACAGAGUGACCCAAAAUGGAGCGGUGGCAGAGGCCGUCCUCAGCAGGAGCCAGAGCAGCGGCUCAGCAAGUCGGGCUGCAGGCGAAUGGCUCAGGGGGGCACGUCCGAAGCAUCGCUUGCUGUCUGAUGAAGAACACCGCCGUGUGGAGUCGAUCCCUGCAGAAUAGAUCCCAGAUGCAUUGGCAACUCUUCCUGAACAAGACCAGAAUGCCUCCUCCCGAAGCCCAAUUCUUGCCAAUGUCUGCGGGGCCAAGAAUGGGAAUCAAUCUCAAACCAGUUCUUCCCAAUGUUUUCUUGACGCCUUCCCAACUCCACCACUGGUUAGACGCUGGACCCCCAUCCUGGCAGAACUUUCUUUGAACGUGCCCAAUUCUCACACCAGCCUCAGCAAACUCGUCCUGAUCCUACCUCCCUGAGGCGGGGCUUGUAAGGCUUAAUUAAUUGAUGUGCUUUGAGAUCUUCAAACUGAAAGGAGAAAGUGUUAUUACUUAGGCUCCAACAAUGGUAAACUGAAGGAUAGUAACAACAUAGUGGAAGGUAGCAUGGGGGAGCCUGGUUUCUAGAGCAUUGGACUCAGGAAACCUUGGUUCUAUUCCUGACUCUGCUGGGUGAGCCAUGUUCCUCCGUAUGCCUCAGUUUCCCCAUCUGUGAAAUGAGGAUAAUGUUAUUCACCUCCUUUGCAGAGCGGUUUGAGAUCUCAGUGCUAGAUAAGAGCUAAGUAUUAUGAGUUAUUUUACCAGUAUUACCAAAUGAUUUCUCGCGUUCCUUCUUACUUUCGUUCUUUGGUUUGAGCAGAUUUGCAUUAGGGUCGCUUUCACCAGCUACUGAUGUGAUGCAUGCGAACGUUCUCAGCCGCAUGAGUUGGCAGAGUCUGUGUUUGGUGAUGUUUCACCUCUGGCGCUCUGGCUACUCAGGGGAAAAUUUUGUGUAGACCCAGAAUCCUCAGUCAAAGGCUUUUUUCCUACUGCCAGUGGGGACUCUAUCCUGAGGUGUCCUUUAAAAAUAAAAUAAAAGAAUCAUGACCUCAGGUACGCUGGUGUAAAUCCGGAGCAACUCCGCUGACUUCAAAGGAGCGUGGCCCAGAUUCUGAUCUGAAUUACAGUGCUGUAAAAACAGGUUUACUUUACCAGGGUCAACGGCGUUAGGGCCUGUCUGUAAUCUCAUUCCACUAGCAUAAACCCAGAAUGACUUCACACAGGUUUAUCCUAGUGUGAUAGAGAUCUUAAAAGAAACCCGUAGGUUUGUAAGUGUCCUUCUCCGUGUUGCUUGCUAAUGGCCCGAUACAUUGAAACUGAACAUAGUUUAGAAAUCUAUUAUUUUUUAUUGUUUCUCCUGGAUUUGGGCGGACCAGGUGCACUUUUCCCAACUGGAUAGUAAAGCUUGAUGGGUCAGUUUUACUUGCAGCUCGUGGUGGGUCGAGGAGCCCAGUUCUGCAAGGUGCCGAAUUCUCCUUUACCUUGUAUGGUUGGGUGCCCAUGGAAUUGCCGUGGGAAAUCCCACUGCUCUCUGGCUGUUCCGUAUCUUUUCAGUGCCGACCUCUGCACCCUUUAGCAGAGAAGCAGCACAAGGCAAGGACACCACUCAAGGUCCACCUAAGCAGGGUGAAGUAGACCCAGUGCAUGAGGGAGACCGUCAUCCUCAGAGCUCCUGGAGGCUACACAAAACCCAACGGGACUGUAAAAGACAAGCCUCAGUGCGGGGAGGGAGGUUAGUUGUUCUUUGUUCUGGGAUAUUUAUUGGUUGUCAUUUAAAAAGAAUAAUCAACAUUAUAUAUAUAUUUCAUAACUUAAGAUGUUGCUUUUAACUUAAUUUGCUAGAUCCCCAAUGGUGUAAAUCAACACGGUCCCAUUGAAGUCAGUGGAGGCAUGCCAACUGUACGCCGGCUGAGGAUCUGGCCGUGUGUAUAUAUUUGUUUCCCUCUUGCACAGACGCAAGUAUUCCCCGCAUUGCAGUAUUGCUUUGUACCAAGGGUCAACGUCUACACAAAGCCAACGGGGCUUGCUUUGGUGGCAAUGAGUCAAUUGCAAGGCCCUUUUUGUAUGUUUCUGUUAAGCGUGUUGCAAUAUUUCCACAUGUUUCUGUAGGGUCGCCACCUGCUAU